AUGUCAGAUAUCCCCGGAGAUUGUCUCAUUUUGAUUUUUUACGAACUAAAAGAUGAUCCAAAUUCUUUAUAUUCUUGUAUUUUAGUAAAUAGAUUAUGGUGUACUAUAGGAGUAAAUAUAUUAUGGAAAAAUCCUUAUGAGACUCUUUAUAAUAGUAAAGCUUCUAAUCAAUCUUUAUCAUUUAAUAAACUUUAUAACACAAUAAUCUACUUAUUACCGACAUCAUCAAAACAAUUAUUAAUUGAGAAUGAAGUUGUUUCAAUUCCAACUUCUUUUUUAAACAGCAAACCAUUAUUCAAUUAUAUUAGUUUUUUUUCAGAAAUUUCAACAGACCUUAUAGAUGAGAUGGAAUCUACAUUGAUUAAGAAUGAUCAUAAAUAUCUGGAAAAGAGUAAAUUAUUGGAACAAGAAUAUUACAAAUUAUUUAUCACCAAUUGUAAGAAUAUAUCAGUAUUUAAUUGGAAAACAGAAUUACCUUUAUAUCAAUACCCUGAAACAUCAACUUUUUUUUCUCAGCUCCAUACUUUAAGUAUUGAUAAAUUUGUAAGUUUAAUUUCAGAAAAAUUAUUUGAAAUGGAAAAAAUUUGUCAAAAUAUAGAGGAUUUGGAAAUAUGGGAUUGUGAUAAAGCUAUUCCAGGCUUAAUCAAAUUUAUUGAUAAUCAAAAGAAUUUGCGAUCAUUAGCCUUACAUUGUGAUGAAACAACAAGGAGUUUACAAUUAAAUGAAGUAAUAGAAAGAAAAGCUGGUACAUUCAUAAAACUUGUUAUAUCACACGUCUUACUUUCACCAAAAUUAUUUUUAUCGUUAACAAAUUUAAUUUACUUAAAGUUUAUUAGCAGUUAUUAUAACAAUAAUAAUAAACAAGAAUUACAAGAAUUGCAAAAGUAUUUAUCAAUUGCUUCUUUUCCAAACCUUCUGUACCUCAAAACAGAAUAUUUACCACGUCACGAAGUUUGUAUGUUAAUUGAAAAUUCUCAUGGAAAUAUUAAAAAUAUUGAUAUAAGGAAUGAUCAUAAAUUUGGUUAUACUAAAAGAUUAUAUAAAUCCAUUGCUAUAAAUUGUCCAAAGAUUGAAAGUUUGGGUAUUAAUAUUCAAUUUAAAAAUUUGGGUGGUAUAAAAGAAAUUUUCUUAAAUUGUGCGAGAUUAAAUAAAUUAGAACUUUAUAUAGUUGAUAUAGAAGAUGAAGAAGAUAAUUGUGAUGAAAUAUUAAAUAUUUUAGCAGAUUAUUCUUCAAAAACUUUUAAAAUAUUUUCAUUUAAUAAGGAUUUUAUAUUUUCAGUUGAUGGCUUACAAAAUUUUUUUGAAAAAUGGAGAGGUAGAAUUCCAAUUAAAUUUGUUACACGUUUUUAUAGAUGUCGUUAUUUUACUCAAGAACAUAUUAAGAUUAUAAAGAAAUAUUUUGAUGAAGGUGUGGUUGAUGCAAAACUUAGUCAUUUAUAUCAUAAUUGA